AAGGGCCGCGCGGCGCGUGCCCGAAGCGGCGGCGGCGGCGAUGAAGGUGGCGGUGGCCGGGUGCUGCCACGGCGCCCUGGACAAGAUGUACGAGACGCUGGAGCUGCUGCAGCGGCGGCAUAACGUGCGGCCCGACCUGCUGCUAUGCUGCGGGGACUUCCAGGCGGUGCGCAACGAGGCGGACCUGCGCUGCAUGGCCGUGCCGGCCAAGUACCGCCACAUGCAGACCUUCUACCGGUACUACUCGGGAGAGAAGAAAGCGCCGGUGCUCACCCUGUUCAUCGGCGGCAACCACGAGGCUUCCAACCACCUGCAGGAGCUGCCCUAUGGCGGCUGGGUGGCCCCCAACAUCUACUACCUGGGUUACGCGGGCGUGGUGCGGUUCCGCGGCGUGAGGAUCGGCGGCAUCUCGGGCAUCUUCAAAUCUCACGACUACCGGAAAGGCCACUUUGAGUGCCCCCCAUACAACCAGCAAACAAUUAGAAGUGCUUACCAUGUGAGGAAUAUUGAAGUCUUCAAACUCAAACAGCUGAAGCGUCCCAUGGAUAUAUUCAUGUCCCACGACUGGCCCAGGAGCAUUUACCACUAUGGGAACAAGAAACAGCUCCUCAAAAUGAAAUCCUUCUUCCGCCAAGAAGUGGAGAGCAACACUCUGGGGAACCCUGCUGCCUCUGAGCUCCUGCAGCACCUCAAACCCACCUACUGGUUCUCAGCACAUCUGCACGUUAAAUUUGCAGCUUUCAUGCAGCAUGAGACAAGCUCCAAAGAAGAACUGCCAAAAGCAACCAAGUUUCUGGCUCUGGAUAAAUGCCUGCCACACAGAGACUUCCUGCAGAUAAUAGAUGUGGAGCAUGAUCCUAACGCGGGUGACUCCCUGGAGUACGAUGCCGAGUGGAUCGCAGUGCUCAAGGCCACCAACAGCCUGGUUAAUGUGACUCAGUGCUCCUGGAACAUGCCUGAAAAGAAUGGCCUCCAUGCCAAGUGGGAUUACAGCGCGACCGACGAAGCCAUCAAAGAGGUGUUAGAAGAGCUGAAUCACAACCUCACAAUUCCCUCCAACUUCACCUUGACAGCUGCUUGUUAUGAUCCCAGCAAGCCCCAGAAAAACAUGCAGCCAGUUCACACCAUCAAUCCCCAGACCACCGAGUUCUGCGCCCAGUUUGGCCUCACUGACAUCAACGACAGGAUCCAGCAGGCGAAGGAAGAGGGCUCAGGACGGGGUGAAUAUGAAGAGGAGGAGGAGGAGGAGGAGAUGGACAGCACUGGGUCAGCAGAGGAGCCCAGUGAAUACAACACAGAUAACUCUGGCCUUUCCUCCAUCAAUCCAGAUGAGAUAAUGCUGGAUGAAGAAGGUGGCGAUGAAGACUUGAGUACGUGCUCUGUAGAUCCUUCCCCUGAUCACCCCCCCGAGUUCUCCACGAGCUUCUCCGACAUCCGGAUCAUGCCGGAUUCCAUGGCGGUGUCCUCCGAUGAUGCCAUGGACUCCAACAACGAGGAUGUGGAGAAGUCUGCUGGGAGUAAGCAGGGGGAGGAGAAGAGCUCCACUGAGAGACCGCUGAAGCGCGUUGGGGGUGAUGAGAACGGGAACAGUGGCGUUAAAAAGAUUAAGAGGAGGAAUCAAGCCAUCUAUGCUGCAGAGGAGGAAGAUAAAACAGAUUAACACUUCCUGUGGUGGAUAACUAAGUUCUCUGCCAGCCUUUCUGUGGGAAGGUGGGGAGAACUGGUGGACUACUCGUACUUUUAAUGUUAACGUGAUCUUAUUUACUUUCUUAAGCUCAAGGGGCUGGAUGUACCUCUCACAGGGAAGAUGAUUUAUCUGGGUUAAACAUGGAAGUCAGAAGCAGACUUUUCCAACAAAGUACUUUGACAAAGGAUUUAAAGCCUAUCUAUCGCUCAGUUCAGUCCCUGGUUAUUGGUGUAUGCUCCCUGUGUUCAGCUGUACAGCUCUACAAGAGUCACUGUGCUUGUCUAACAAGAACUUAGAAUGUAGCCCAGGCCCAAGUGAGAGGAUGUCUGACUUACAAGACUGAAUGAUUUGAUUUUAUUGCUUUUGUCUUGUUUUAUACUGAACUUUUAAUACAAAGUGGCACACAAAAUAGCUCCAUGAAUUACAUUUGGAAAUAGAAUUCCCAGGAUAACAAAACAGCAAUAGAAGAAUGAAGAUUUGUUUUUUUGUUUUCUGGUCAUAGUCAUGCCAUAGAAAAACUUCAUGGUCGUAAACAAAACUGUGUAUUGUCCUGAAUUGCUUUUAAUUAGAGUUUUGGUAGAGCACCAAGUCUCUUGAUUUGGAGGAUGACGGUUUUAUGGGGACCAUGGCAAAGUGCAUCUCUGUUCUUAGAACCUCCUUUGUGUUCUGUUUCUUAAGACUUGAGAACAAUGUCUUAAAACACGAGUAGUUGGGAAGAACAGCUCCCAAAAUGUGGGCAUCACCACUGUCCUGGCUCUUACUGAUUGCUGAUUAAGGCUGUGCUGUUCAUACAAGGUGGUGGAUGUUUUUAAGUUGCCUGAGGCAGUAACACCCACCGUGAUCAUCAGCCUCCCUUUUCACCUGUCACUUCUUUUCAGUAGCUGUAACUUGCUGAACUCUUAGGGCUGGAUUUGGAAUAUUCCAAAGCACCUUCAUAACCUCCAGCUGAGAACAGAGACCCUCUUGGAAGAUUUCUUUCUGCCUUUUUUCCCCCUGAAUUGUUAGCAAUCAGAUUACACUCUUUUGGCCUGAAAGGCUGUGAGGAUAACAAAACUGCCUGAGUUCAUGGCAGUGACAGUGUUUUCAAGCAGAUGUCAUUAGACUCCUUUCUACCAGUGUCUUCUGGUGUUCUGGGCUGAGCUUUUGGAGUCCAGACUUCCCCACAACUGGGCUGCCCUUGGCAGCAGAAGUAGCUCCUGUGCUUUUCCCCCUCCAAGGCACAGGGAGUGUGAAGGAGAAAGUGUCCUGACAGGAAGAAGGAACUGGACAGGGAGCAGUGAGUGCAAUGGAUUGUUGAGUGUGAGUUCUGUAGCAGGGAAACACUUUGAGCUCAAGACUUCUGUCUUUAAAGCCACUUCCAUGUCUGGGAUCCACCUUGGUUCCUCUCCUGUCAGCAGUUCACUAUGAGAACUAAAGGUGUGUAAGUAUUCAAGGGCUAGAAAAGGGCAAAAUUAAAGCUCCCUCAGUUCAGUUACCAGCUCCUCUGUCAGAACAGCCCCAAAGAGCUGUGCUGAGGGGUGAGGAGAACCUGCCAGUGCUUGGGGUGACCCUCAGGGUGUGUAAAGUAGCUCUGAACUGUCAGAUAAGGUGCUGAAGGUAGCUGAGUCUCCUUAAGGGUCCUGGGUUUGCAGUGCUGAAAUCUGAGUCGUGCCUCGUGAUCUGAACACUAUAAUGGAAUAAAGCAUUUUAAGGAUAAA